AAGAGAAAAGAAAAAAAAAAAACAUUCCUCUCGUGUUGAAAAAAACUGAAAGUUUAUAUGAACAUCUUUACGUUAAAAUAAUGGACGAUUCAUACAUUAACGGAAAACGGUUUCUUGGGGGAUUAAUUCAUCGAGCAGAGGCUUUGCUGUCUAAGAUGAUCUUUAAGAUGGAACAUUCUUGUAUUCCACUCAAAGAAAUGAUCGUGAUGAUAAAUUCGGUACAUGAGUUUGUUAAUAUAUGGGAGGACAUUUUAGAAACCCAAAAUGAAUUAUAUAUAGACAACAAAUCGCAUUCCAGUACCGAUUAUGAUAAAUGUUCUCUUGAACAAAUAAAACACUCACAUCACGCAUCUGCGGUUGUGCUCGAUAACGGGCAUCAGGUUUCCUUUAUAGAAGAAGUAUAUCCGAAACAGCCGGUAUUUGAGUUUCCUGCUGCUUCUUUCGAUAAUUGUAAGUACAAAGCAGGACAUAUCGGACUGUGCAGUAUCACUUUAAUCUGUGAUUCUUCGGAAGAAUUUUACAUGAUUGAUCUGGCAUCGAACAGAGUCAAUGUGAUCGAUAUGUUGAAAAAUUUACAGAAAAUAUCAUCAACCCUUCAUGACAUACCGGCUUCAACCGUUGAAGCUUUUGGGGUAUUGUUGGAUGGAACGAUCCUGAGAGCGGCUCGCAGUAAAGAAGAUGAACAAUGCUUCAUCAAACUUAUUGAUAUGGGUGAUGUACUACCUUUUGAUCAUUCAACAACGUUGUAUGAAUUACCACCAUUCUAUGCGAGAAUUCCAGCGUUUGCGCUAAAAUGCAAGCUACAAAAUAUUGACGAUGAACAUUUUUCCGGGUCCAGGUUGGGCUAUUUAGAAGAAAGUCUUGGGAUCGUACGAUCAUUUGAAGUAGUGUCUAUUGAUCAGUCACAACUGAUUGUAUCGUUGAGCCGUAAACCACAUAUCCAAACACAACCGCAAAUUGACACAUUGGUGGAAGAGAUAAAAUACAAAAUAUCGUUGGACACAUUAUCACAAGACCAAGUCGCGGAUCUAUUCGAAGAACCUCUGAAUACAACGAACGUAAUGAAAGCGAUUCUAGGCUACGACCCUCAAGAUGACAAACGGAUAUGUCCGUUCUUCGAUCCGGUUAUACAGGGAUGUUUCAAAGGAUCACAUUGCCGUUUGGAACAUGUAGCGAAGUUAACCGAUGGGUGGACACGAGAUAAAGCACUACAUAAGACGAAAAUUCGAGCAGAGCUAGAGCUUCCCAAGGUAGGCAGCGAACUAAUAUUGAUUCCUACAUACAUCGUUAAUGUAGCCGAAUUUUAUGCUCACAUUCCUCUUCCGGAGUUGAGCAAAGCUUUGAUUGAUAUGCAACAAAAGUUAAAUGAUCCUGAAUUUAUGAGAGAUUAUACACGACUAAAUCAUGAACCACAUUUUCAUGAGCUAGUAUUUGCGCGGUAUUCCGCUGACGGUCUUUGGUAUCGAGCAGAAGUGAUCGAAUUUUAUCAUAGUAAUCAAAUUCUGGUUUUCUACGUGGACUACGGUAAUACAGAUACAGUAGACAUGGAACAGCUACGAUACUGGGAUGACCGAUUCGAUUAUUUACCGUUUCAAGCGGUGCACUGUCGUGUAGCCAACAUCAGCCAGAUGCGACCCAAUCACGUGGAAGCGAUUGACCAGUUGCGAAACGCUAUAUUAGACAAAGGCGUUAGAGUUCGAAUAAUAGAUAACAUGUCACCAUGGGAGGUAUUGUUGUUUGAUAAUGACGGUAACGACAUCGGUGAAUUUCUGGUAAUUACUAAGUUAGCAAAUUCACGCGAGCCACUAGUGAUGAAUCAAAUCUAUCAGAAUAUUGUUCCGGUUUGAACGAAUCUUAUUUAACCUCAACACGCUUUUAUGAAAUUUAUAUACAACGCUCAAAGAGUCACUAAAAUAUAUAAAAUAGUUGUGAUGUUCAACCUAUUUCUCAAGAAAACCAUAUGACAAAAUUUAUAACAAAGUUGCGAACAGUA